GAGGGAGAGAUCGAAUUGGGGUUGUUAGGGUUUGGUUAGGGUUUGGUUAGAGGAUGUCGACGGCGGGGGCGACGGAUGAAGUGCCCGAGUCUCCGGCGAAGAAGCCGAAGUUGACGUCAGAUCAGGAGUCGACGUCAGAGGAGUCGACGUCAGAUGAGUCGGAGGAAGAUGAUGACUGUUUUUUCGGGGUCGACGGUCGGUCAGAUGAGUCGGAGGAAGAUGUUGACGAUUAUUACGGGAAUGGUCUCCACAGGAUGACCGACCAAGAGCGGGCCAUAUACAAGGAAGCUAUUCGUCUCAGCGAUGGAUUUGAUGUUCCUCGGUUACCCAAAGUAUUUUCUUUCAGUCUCAUCCGACCGGCUGGCAGGCGUUGGCCCGCUGAGGAUAUUCGUGAACACGCCGACUUCGCCAUCAAAGAACAAAACGAGAAGAGAAAGACAGAGGGUGGCAAUCAACUCCGUCUCAAGGAGGUCAUCAAGUGUAAUUUGCAGGUUGCUUGCCCCGUCAACUAUUACAUAACUUUACAGGCCGAAGAUGUCAUCACCGGCUACGUCGAUGAAUACGAAGCCUUGGUGAUGGCUCGUUGCGGAAAGCAGAAAGACGAGCUCCAUAUCUUUAGGAAGAAAAACAAACCGGCUAUUAUUAAUCCGCCAGCGUCCACAGAGCAUGGACCAAGUGACUCAGAUUGUGCAGUUGAGGACCCAGGCAAAAGUUGUGAGACAUGUAGUUGGGACCGAGGGGAAACAAAAAGGAGGAGACUAUGAAGGACGAUAAAAGGGAUUUUGAGUUAUGGUUUUUUUUAGUAGGUUCAUGUUGAUAUCUUAUUUUUGGCUUGUUGAACAGUCUAGUUAUAUUGUAUCUGUGGCAUGUUAUCUUUUAAAUGAAGGCUUGUGGUGAAUCCGUGACCUUCUUCUGUAGAUUUUAUGGUAGAACUCUUUUGUAUUGUCGGACUAUGUAAGAAAGAUCGUGUCUAGUUAUGUUGAAUGCUGAAGGGAUGAAAAACCUAUGAUUUUCCAA